AUGUCAAUAUCAACUUCAUCUUCUGAAUCUCAUCAACUUGCUACAUCCCAAGAUUCGACUUGGCGUCUAGAAGCCUCAUUUUUCAGCCUGUGCGCAAGAUCGUGUCAAAUUCUACACGUCAGAAAAUUUUCGCAAAACCCAUCGCCUCGAAACAGCGCAGCUGGGAAAAAGAAAAACUUGGACUCGCACGGCCGAGGGAGGACCAAGUCACGAAAAAAGGACACAAGGCAAAAAAGUAACGAACUCUCGACACACAACUUGUUGUUCACAAUGACAAAAUUGUUCGAAAAUUUCAGAGAGGUAUCUAUCUAUCAAUACAAUUACAAUUCAAGCAAGGUGCGCGCGAGGAAAAGAACCUCUUUCAGUUCGAUACCAAAACUUGUCGCCCCGCCCAAUCAUCCCUUCGCAAGAUCCCAGCCAAAUCUUUUUCUUUCUUUCUUUCUUUCUUUCUUCCUUUUCUCCCUCUCUCUCAGCCCUGUCUAA